AGCGCCAUCUCUCUCAUCUUACUCCAUUUUGGCUCAUUUUAAAUCACAUCAGCAGUCAUUGUUGGUUCAUUUCUGAGCUCACAAACAACCCAGUGAGGUCUAACAACCGAUCUGUGGCAGAAAUGACAUGAACUCACCUCAGGCUGCGGAGUCUAAGGAACAUCGUCCCACGUGAGGUCGACAGGAAGGGCGAGCAAGUGGGUCCUGGUGUCCGUGUCCUCCCACCAGCCGCAGAUUUCAUCCCCGAACACCUCUGAGAGGAGCGAAGGAGGCGUCGUGACUCCUGCAGUUUGUCAUGUGUAAUUAUCAUCAUCACUGCAUGUGACAACCGCGGGGACGCCGGAUACAGUCACAGAUUCUUGGCUCCUUCAUCCAACAUUUACGCGUUUUUAAGGUCGGGAAUAGAAUGGUGACACAUUUUCUGGCACGUUUCUUUCUUUGGAUGACUUUUUAGGCUGCUGUGCUCUACCACUAUAUAGUUUUUAUUCUACUUCGGGUGAUAAACCAAAGAGUGGGCGCACACAAUUCUUUCUAUAUCCGUGCGUAAAAGCUGCGCUGCCUGUCAAUGAAUGACGCGUUGUGCAUUUCGUCAGUGAAAGCUGGGUAAGUUUUCAGAGGCACCGAUGAGCUCCUGUCAGACGGAGACUUUGGCAUCCGAGGGAACCUGUUGGAUUAUAAAAAAACACAACCUGUUUCUUUCAAAGACGACAAUUUUGGAGAGUCUGGUGUUUGUCAUUCUGAUAUUGCCUCUGGUGAAUAAAACCACAGGCUUGGUAAACAUCGACAAAGCGGAGGAUGUGACGACCACGAUGGUGACAGCUCUGCAGCCGGACAGCGCCAUGAGCGCAAGUAACCCGCCUCUCAACUCUUACCAUACAUCGGGCAUGGAACAUGUUUUUCAGUACUCUUAUUCGGAGAGUGACCUGCUGUACACGGACUACCGGACACCUGCGCGAGACUCCAUCCCGCUGCCCAAGGCAGUUCUCUACCUGGUCAUGGCUGCGCUGGUGGUGGUGGCGGUGGCAUAUGCGAUAGUUGGACACCUGGUCAAGGAUGUGGUUAAUGAGUUUGUCGGUGGGGGCAGGUCUAUGGUUGCUGAAGGUGAUGGUGGUGAAACCAGUGAACCAGACUGGGUGCUUGGCUCUCGUCGAGUUACCAGCCGCAACAAGACUGAGAUAAACUGCAUCACCAACAACUUGAGUGAGAUGAGUGAGUUGGGCGAGAGGCCCCGGCUGGUGGAAAUGAGCUAUAUAUCCCUGAACCACACCAACUGCCUGAGCUCCAACAGACUGGAGGAGACAGUCAUCACAAUAGAUGAGAUGUUACAGCAACGACCUCCAGACACUCACUCUGGGACUUAACCUGUGAUCUUCUGAUCUUCCCUGAGAGAAAUAAAGCAGCGUAUUUGCUUGCUUUUCUUGUUCAAGUGGAUUUAUAAGUCUGUCAUGAAUUGAAGCUCUAUCCACUGUUUUAUCACCUGCAGGUGGGCUGUAAUACCUGUGUAAUGUUGGGCCUGAGGGGACUUUGAGUUUUCAGCCUGUGCUGGAACAUUGGAGGUAUCGGACGCCGAUGUUUGUAUCUCCUUUCUGUGGAGAUGACAAGGAUGAGAGGACAGCUGCGGCUUUUUUUGGACAAGCAGACAGAGGGAUCUUUUUUUUUCUCUCUCUCUCUCUUAGUUUUUGUCUUCGUCAUUCUGCCCUCUUUUUCAAGUGACCCCUUGUGAAAACACCACCCUGUAAACGUGACGCAUGCAGUGCACCACAGUCUAUAUUCACUCUAAAUACACGCUGGUCAGUGCUUAUUGUAAUAUUGCUGCGAGCACAGUUUAACACUUCACCUUGAUAAAAACAGUCACAUGAACAACUCUUUAUUUUCCUGGGUGCUGUGAGACACUUAAACAUUUUUUGUAAUGACUGUAAAAUGUGUAUCAAGCACCUCAUAUGACACAGAUACAAUGGCUACAACGUUAACGCUUUCUUCUUUUUUGUGUAAUAACACUGUAGUUACAGGGGGCAAAAAAACUCACUACACAAUGAUAAAAUAAAAGUAUUUUGUAGUUUAAUGUUAUUAGCUUGAUGUGAACAAGUGCUAAAUCACCUUUAAGACCUCUGGUUACACCUGGUUGCAAAAAACAUAAAAGUACCGAAGCCAUUGUUAUGUGAAGACGAAAAAAAAACUGAGUAAUUUCAGUCGUCAAAGGUUUAUGAUUUCUUCACCUUCCUGGUUAAAUGUCUAAACAUGGCAUCACCUUUGAAGCAAAAACUGUUCAUUGCUUUUUCAUCUUUCUCAUGUUUAAUAUUACGUGUUAAACGGCUCAAUGGCAAAGCCUUUGUUUGCCUUUAUUACCUCACUGUUAAGGGCUAUAUGUACUGCUGCGGAUGAGUCUGUGACACCACUCAAAGCUACAGCCAAUGGGGCUUAUUUGUCUGUGCAUGCUGUUAUCAUUACCCUCUGCACCACAGUUAGUGUAAACUGUGUGUUUGGGAAGAUAUGCUGAACUGCAGUGGAGAUACAGUAAACGCUGGAGAGGGUAGAUAGCUCUCUUUAAGGAAAGUGAAAACAGAAUCACAACUUGCAGGCUGUUCUACCUGAAGUUAGUGAUUAAUAAACUGCAUUUUUGUCUAAGAUUUAUAUACUUGGACAUAUUUGGGGUGAACCAGAAUAAACUGGUACUGGAAUACAGAGGACAAUAUAGUUAAAUGGUGUUUAAGUCAGCAGCAGUGAUCAUUUUCCACAUGUUAAGUGUGAAGGCUCAGAAUCUGAACCUGCAAAAAAGCUCUUUUUUUCACCACCUUGAUGCCACCAAUCACUUUCAAGUCAUC